GAAACCGAAACCGACCAAAGAGACAUCUAUUCACCAGUAAGAAAUGUAAAGAAUCACAGAUGGCCGUCUCAAAUCAACAACCGGUGCAGUGAACGAGACGAGCAAAAGAGACGCGGUUAUGUACGCAAAACAAUCGCGUCAGACGCGCAAAACGUCGUGAAACAUGUAAGAAGUUGUUAUCAUAAGUGCCAUCGCGUUGAAUUUUACGUUUCUUUUUGUUCCGCGACACUGCGAAUCGCAACGGCGAAAGUAAAAUUUGUCCCGACCUGCCGUCGCUUUCACGGAAUUGGUUUUAUCGUUGUGUGACGUACAAUUUUCGGAGCACCGAGGCCAAACUCGAAUCGCUGUACAAGGAUGAGCGCGAACAAUGUGCAAGCACUUUUUGCGUGCUCCAGAUGCUUUUCGAGGCAUCCGUUCGAGGAACUUUCCCCUGGCCAGCAAUUGUGCAAGGAAUGCAGAGGUGCAUUUCCUGUGGUGAAAUGUACAUAUUGUAGAUCAGAAUUCCAGCAAACAAUAAAAGGUAAUACGAGCACUAUAUGUAAAAAGUGUGAGCAAAAUGUGAAAGCUUAUGGAAAGCCAUCGGCCUGUGAAUAUUGCAAUACUAUAGCUGCAUUUAUUGGCAGUAAAUGUCAAAGAUGUACAAACUCUGAAAAACGUUAUGGUCCACCCGUAACAUGUGAGCAAUGUAAACAGAAGUGUGCCUUUGACAGACAAGAUGAAGAUAAGAAGGUUGAUGGGAAGUUAUUAUGUUGGCUGUGUACUCUGUCAUACAAACGCGCAUUGGCAAAGACAAAACAGUCUGAUGCCGAGAGGAGGGCGCAUCUGAAACUGGCACAACAACGAGCAGCAAAGCACAAAGAACAAAAAUUGAAAAGUCACAAUAAGCGACCACACAGAGUCGAUGUGACGAAGUUGCCGCCUCAAUCUGAAAGCGCAGAGACGAAUGGUCCAACGCCAGUGAAAGCAGCGCGGAUGGCAGGCGUUCACGAUCCGCACGAUCCAAAUAGUUCAGAUCAUGUGGUUGCCGUUACGCAACUGAAAGAGAAGAUAGCGCACCUCCAGAAACAAAUCUCUAUCAAGGACGGGCAAUUGCUUGCUAAAGAUAGACAGAUCACAGAGUUGAAGGCAAAGAAUUUCACGUCGGAAACGGAACUACGUAACAAGAUGAAAGCGUCAGAGAAGGAGUAUGAAGCCAAAAUAUCGACGAUGCAACAUAAGAUUUCCAGUUUGCUGAAAGAAGUUGCUUCCUUAUCAAAAAGCUCCAAGCGGGGCGAUAGAGUAACUGCGACGAAAACAGAAGCUGGGACCAACAGUGGAAGUGGAACAGACAGUCCUGUACCUUGAUAAGGUAGGACAUUUCAAAUCCUCUCAUUAUUUGUCAAUUAAUGUUCAAUUGAUCGUAUUCUACAUUUACAUUUUUAUUCGACGACACGAUCUAUUUACGAUAAUAAAAUGUUGUAACUGAAUACAUAUUUUUGGUGUUUGGAAUGAUAUUUUAUUUGUGAUUUAGCGUUUGUGACUUCUUAAUAUUUCGUUUUCGAUUAAGAGUCGAACGUUGUCAGGAUUCCAUUUCUUUUGCGCUUUUAGUUGUGAUCUAUUAUUUCCAAAUAUGUGUAUAAGAACGUAUUAUUUUUGCUACCUCGUUCCUAUAUUUUCUUACGAUAUUGUAUUUCGUUAGGUUGAUUUUUCAUUCUACCCUCAAAUUGUUAAUAUCGAUUUUAUUUUACAAUGAAGAUCACUCGUUCGAAGAUCUGUUAAUAUACACGUUUCUUCCAUAAUUCCUUUUCGUUUUUAGUCAUCGAUGCUUAAAAUGUUUUGCGCACAUCAUAACUUAUAGCGUUUCUGAUCAUUUCUGCUCGUAUCGUUCAUGAUCACGUAUGGUGGCACGAAGUUAUUAUAUUUACUGGUGCGCAUUGUGAACAGUGUCUUUUGUGGAUAAAAGAAACGUGUAAUUUUUUGUGGGAGAUGAAAGACAUAUCUUAAAACUGUUUUCAGGGACUUGGUUAGCUGUGACAACAUACUCAAAUGUCCAUACCCGCAUAAAUGAUGUGGUACAUUACAUAUAGCUAAUUGUUUCCAUUAACAAGGCAAAAUCUGUAUUAUUUUUCUAAUUAAUAUAGGAAUGUAUAUUAUCUUCGGCGUGUACACGGGAAAUCUUACGCGUUCUUCUAACGGGGGAUGAUCACGAUAUCGCAUGUGCAAAGUGAAACAUGUUAUUCGUAAAUUAGAUAGCUUUCCCCGUUCUUAUUCCGUUUCAUGACAAUGCCCCGGACGCGAGUUCCUACGACUCGAUAUUGUGGUAAAUUUGUUGCAUGACGAAAAGAUAAAACAAUUCAUACUUAAUUGGAUUGUACAAUAAGGGUCCGUGUGAAGGAACACUCGUUUCGAUAUGGGAGUGAUUUUUAUGAUCCGAGUUCCGAUACUUGCGACGAGAAUGAACAAGUUAUAUACAGAGAAACAUUACACACAUAAACACACUAUGAUUGAGCAAUAGUGCUGGUGUAACAUUUUCCUAUUUAUAAUGAUGAAGAUGUAACGACGAUGAACCAGGAUAUGGUGAUUGUAGAUCAAUUUACAAUAAAAGGAAAAAAACGAAUA